AUCUGUGCGUUGAAAAUGUUCCUGCUGGAGGUGAGUGUGUGAUCCAGAUCAGAUCCAGAUCCAGAUCCAGAAAGGCGGACGAUGCAGCAGAAGUGUCCCUCCAGGUUUCUGCGGGGUCACUGUGCGCGAUCACAGGCUACUUAGUUGCGCGCGCGCGCGCGUGUGUGUGUGUGUGUGCAGACGCACGGAGCUCGCGCCAGGUGGAUGCGCCUGCAGUGAUCCAGGUCGCCCCUAUGGAUCGCGUCCAUGGAUGUCUCCAAACCCGCUUUGGACAAUAGUUUGAGUCCCAAUGCGCGCGUUUCGUCGUCAGAAGACGCAGAAGCAGACGUGUUCCGCUGGCCCACGCCGCACAAUGGUGUCAGCGGCGCGCAGGAUGCGGCACCCGCCGCACAGCCGCCGCCGCCGCCACCACCACCGCCAGGCUUGUGGACGGCCGUGUUCGAUUAUGAAGCGAGUGCGGAUGACGAGCUCAGCCUCCGCAGAGGAGACGUGGUGGAGGUCCUGUCCAAGGACUCCCUGGUGUCCGGAGAUGAGGGCUGGUGGACCGGAAUGAUCGCGGACCGGGUCGGAAUCUUUCCGUCGAAUUAUGUGAGCGAAGGGAAAUGUAUUCCGGAGGAAAUCCGGGACACGGCGGAGCAGCAGUACCCGGUGCCUCCUCUGCACCUCCUGGAGAUCGACUUCUCAGAGAUGACCCUGGAGGAGAUCAUCGGCGUGGGCGGUUUCGGGAAGGUCUACCGCGCCGUGUGGCUGGGCUCCGAGGUGGCAGUGAAGGCAGCGCGACGGGACCCGGACGAGGACGCGGCGCAGACGCUGGAGAGUGUGCGUCAGGAGGCCAAGCUGUUCGCCAUGCUCAACCAUCCCAACAUCAUGGCCCUGCUGGGGGUCUGUCUGCAGGAGCCCAACCUCUGCCUGGUCAUGGAGUACGCUCGGGGGGGCUCCCUCAAUCGGGCGCUUGCAGGGAAACGCAUCCCUCCCUGCACGCUGGUGGACUGGGCGGUGCAGAUCGCACGGGGCAUGUACUACCUGCACAGCCAGGCCAUUGUCCCGAUUAUCCACCGGGACCUCAAGUCCAGCAACAUCCUCAUCCUGGAGAGGGUUGAGAUGGAAGACCUCAGCAACAAGACCCUGAAGAUCACAGACUUUGGCCUGGCAAGAGAAUGGCACCGCACCACCAAGAUGAGCGCCGCAGGCACCUACGCCUGGAUGGCGCCCGAGGUCAUCCGCUCGUCUAUGUUCUCCAAGGGUAGCGACGUUUGGAGUUAUGGCGUGUUGCUGUGGGAGCUGCUGACCGGAGAAGUUCCUUUUCGGGGUAUCGAUGGCCUCGCGGUGGCCUACGGCGUGGCGAUGAACAAACUCGCUUUGCCAAUUCCCUCUACUUGUCCUGAGCCCUUUGCACGUCUCAUGGAGGAGUGCUGGAGCUCCGACCCUCACGCGAGGCCACAGUUCACAUCUGUUUUGGACCAUCUGACGGCCAUCGAGGAGUCCGGCUUUUUUGAAAUGCCAGCAGAGUCCUUCCACUCUCUGCAGGACGACUGGAAACUGGAGAUCCAGGAAAUGUUCGAUCAGCUGAGGACCAAGGAAAAGGAGCUGCGGUCGUGGGAGGAGGAGCUGACUCGGGCGGCACUGCAGCAGAAGUGUCAGGAGGAGGCCUUGAGGAGGCGUGAGCAGGAGCUGGCCGAGAGGGAGAUCCACAUCCUGGAGCGAGAGCUCAACAUUAUCAUUCACCAGCUCUGCCAGGAGAAGCCUCACGUGGUGAGGAGGCAGGGGAAGUUCCGUCGGAAUCGCCUCAAACUCAAGGAUGGAAACAGGAUCAGCUUACCUUCAGAUUUUCAGCAUAAAAUCACGGUGCAGGUGUCUCCUUCCCACGACAGGCGGAGGAGUUUGCUCAGCAGCGGCUCCAGCCCCCCGAACAGUCCACCCAUGCUGCCCCGCCUCAGAGCCAUUCAGCUCACUCCAGGGGAAGGGUGUCACGCCUGGACUCGUAACAAAUUUUUUCAGCCGGAUGAUGACGAGGGCGAGAGGAAGAGCUCCAGGAAGAAAGGCCGAGCGCGUGGAUGUUGCCCGCACAGGGAGCACAGCGCUGACGCCAGUACAAAGCCUCCCCACGAGGGCAGCAGGCAGCGGUCCUGCAGUGCCCCAAACCUCCGCAGAUCCCCAAGACACAGUCCAGCAGUGCCUGGAGUGCCAAGCCUCGUGGAGAUGGAAAAUGAAGACUGCUGCUUCACUACGGAACCAGGAGCGGCUUCUGGUCAGUCCUACCUCUGCAUCCCCUUCAACAAGGAAGUCCACUUAGCGGCUCCUGCGGACACUGAUGGCGACGAGUACUGCCCCAGUGCUAGUCAGGUGCCGGGAACGUCACCGUGCAAAAAGAGCCCAGUAGGAGGUCGACGCUCUGAGCUGGUGCUGCUGGGCUGUGGAGCUCUGCUGGCAGCGGUCGGACUGGGCUGCAACCUGUUAACUUUAGCCCAGCCAGAGGAGAGCAUCAAAUCACGAUGGGACAGCUUCUUCCACAGAACAGGGGGCCAGCGGCAAAACACCAGCCCCCCGACCCGCGGACUGUUCAGGCGGCAGAGCCCGCUGAAGCCCUCGGCUCCCUCGGUACCUGAAAGAGGCUUACCUUCGUCUUAUACACUGCUGUCCUUGUCCUCUGUGUCUGACUGCAACUCCACGCGCUCACUCCUGCGCUCCGACAGCGAGGAGUUGUUGGUGUGUCGCUCUGCCUCGCCGCCCGCACACCCAACUCUGAAGCUGCUGCAGCAGCAGGUUAUCCAAACCCCGGUCAACCCGCUGGUCAACACCCACCUCGAGAGCUUCAAGCGUAACCCGCGCCAGUCCCUCACACCCACGCACGUACCCUGUGUCCCCAGUACUUUGCGUGGCCUGCGGCGAACGCCAUCAGAUGGAGCCAUCAAGAAGAGCUGCCCUCUGAGUAAUCUGGAACCAUUGCCAGAAAGAACGGCGUUACAGAACACAGGUUGCUUCAGAGGUUUAAAGGAAGACUUUUAUGAGGUUCCCCGGCUCCCCGAUCCUAAUCUUGUCUUCCCUCCAACACCUCGUCGCCGCUGUGCUCCUGAACGCCCCAAAACCUUGGACUUUGGAGCUCGGCCUCGGCCUUCACCACGGGCACGUAGUGAUGUGUUUUGGGCGGAGGCGAGGCCCAGGGCAAACGGACUAAUCCUGGGUAACGGCGAGUCCCCUGCCCACACCUCCAGCACAGAGACUCCCCCCACUGUAGAGUUUUGGAGAGACCCAGCUGUGUUGCCCACCCCGAUGGAAGCCCCAACGCCCUACUCCCCUCGCAGAGGCGGAAACCUGUUGGAUCAGCGGGAUGAGGGACAGAACCGGGAUGGAACCGCCCCACUAUGUAAACCAGAGAUCAGCUUUCCCAAAGACUCACCUUACCGUUACAAACCUGGAUUCUGGUCCUAAUUCAGCCUCAACUGAGUCCAACACAAGAUCAGGGUUGUCCAUGCUAUUAAGUCUUUGGACUGUUAGUGGUCUUGGUCAGUUGAUUCAGUUUUUAGCUUUAACUGGACCUUCUUGGUAGUUCACAGUUUUCCGUUCAUAAAUUUGGAAGUAAAUUAAAGGGAAAUAUUUCCCUUUAAUAUUUACACAAAAAGUAAAAUCUGUCAUGGAUACUGAACAGACAUAAUAAAUAUUGACCCUGGUCAAUGGCCAAAUAACAGUUUUUUCUUGAUCCCAUGAUAUGUCACUGAUUUAUUUUCCUUUUUAGGAAUAAGCGGUUAAAAUUACUUUUUAGCAGAACAGUUUUACAAAGAUUUUCUCUCUUUUAUAAUUUCAAACAUGAGUUGAUGAUUGUGCAUUUCAUGAAGUGCACUUUUGGGAAGCAUUAUGAAUGUAGAGCUUGUAACGGUGUCUCUUAUUAUUUGUCUGUAAAAACAUUGUGUUAUUUGAUUUAAUCUCCACCUUCUGUGCUAGUAGCGGAUGAAUUCCUGUUUUGUACUGAGCACCUGUCGUCAUCAGUCACUUCUGCAGAGUUACAUCCCAGGGAUGGGGAAUGCUGUUGUAUAAUAUGAUCAUUUCUUGGCAUGAGCAGCUGAAUCAGUAUCAUAAUGUCUGAUAUCUCGAGCUCUUUACUGUGAAUUGUAUAAAGAGUCACUAAAACUUGAGUGUGACCUGAAGUCACAGGGAAGUUUGUGUUUGUAGUUCUCAUGAAUUGUUGAUGAAGAUAGAAUGAUAUGUUUUAGCUUAUUGUAAGCAGCAUUCUGCAUGAGCAGGCCCUGGUGGCAUGUGGAAGUUCAUUUCAGAUUAUCUAUUUAUAUUUUUAUUGAUUUUAUUUAUUGAUUAAUUUAUCUGAGGCUUUAUUUUUAUAUUUUCUUUUUUUCUGCCUUGAUUUUUGACAGUCAUCAAUGUUUGCGAAUGUUUUCAGUGGUUUUGAGGAGUUGCUCUGUCUGAAAGUGAUUUGAUGACUGCAGUCACAUUUGACUUUAUGUUUGUGUUUUGCUGCAUCGUGGAUUACUUAUUCUCCAUUUUUCUUUUUUUGGGUUUUGGAAAUCCCUUUGCAAGGGUGAAAAUAGUUCCACUCAAAAUAAAGAAAUAGCACUGA